AUGCUUCUUCUAGGAGUUCAACAACUUCACAUAUUCAUCAACAUUAUAAGCCAUGACUCAAAUCAGUCUUGCACAAUCAAAACAAAGAAUUCAGUUAACCAUGGCCCUGUAAUUCCAGCCAUGUUUCGAAUGAUCAACCAAAUACAUCCUAGCACUCAUGCACAAAGACAAAUCGUGCUAUGUUCAGAAGAGCUUUGUUAUACCUCGCCCGCUAUAAGCUUUGUCACAAAAUUCGUCAUGACAAACCAUGGGCAAACCGUGACCCUGCUACAGAAAAUGAAAAUAGAAAGAGAGUUAAGUUAUGGUGCUUUAGGAUUUCACGAUCGAGAAGCCAUGAUGAUGAAUCUGAAAUCAGAAGGAGAUGGAAAAUUAAAUGAUGAGGCCGAAUCAAAUAAGAAGUUGGAGGUUCAAAGAGAUGAGGCUGAUGUUGGGUUUGACGGUAGCGAUUGUUUACUCUAG